CCUGCUCCAGCGUUUUGACUGCUGAUCGUAGUUAGAAAGAUUCCGGCAUGCAUGCAUGGGUAGCGAAUACGUGAAAGAGCGUGCUUGAAGAAAUACUAUUUCUAUACUAUAAUAAUACAUAGAUGUAUUAUAUAGUAUAGUAUAAUUACAACGAAGCCGAAUAUUUUAACCUGGGCUUUUUGUCUCGAUUACAUGAGAUAACUCUAACUUGACACUUUAGUGGAAAUGCUGUAUUUUAUUGGCCUUGGUUUAGGAGAUGCGAAAGACAUCACUGUAAAGGGACUGGAAAUCAUUAAACAAUGCAGUCGUGUCUACUUGGAAGCAUACACGUCCAUACUGACUGUCGGUAAACAAGCUUUGGAGGAAUUCUACGGCCGUGAGCUGAUACUUGCGGACCGGGACAUGGUGGAGCAGGAAGCUGACGAGAUCCUUAAAGGGGCGGACACCGUCGACGUGGCCUUCUUGGUUGUGGGCGAUCCAUUCGGGGCUACCACCCACAGCGACUUGGUCCUGAGGGCGCUGAAGGCUGGCAUCAGAUACACGGUCAUCCACAAUGCCUCCAUUAUGAAUGCGGUUGGAUGCUGCGGUCUUCAACUGUAUAACUUUGGUGAGACCGUGUCUAUAGUCUUCUGGACAGACUCUUGGAAACCUGAGAGCUUCUACGACAAAAUCAAGAGGAACCGUGACAGUGGGUUGCACACGCUAUGUUUGCUCGACAUCAAAGUCAAGGAACAGACCAUGGAGAACUUGAUGAGGGGCCGUAAGAUUUACGAGCCGCCCAGGUACAUGAGCGUGAAUCAGGCAUCAGAGCAGCUCCUGGAGAUCGUGCAGAACCGGAGGGAGCGGCAGGAAGACCUUGCCAUCACCGAAGACACCAUCUGCGUGGGGCUGGCGAGGGUGGGGGCCGAAGACCAGGCAAUCGCGGUGGGGACGCUGCACCAGCUGGCAUCAUGUGACCUGGGCGGGCCCCUCCACUCACUCGUCGUUACGGGGCACCUCCACCCGCUGGAGGUGGACAUGCUCCGCCUUUUUGCCAUUGAGCUUGACACCCUUCCGAAUCUCAAGAUGACGGACAGCUCCACGUAUGUGUCCUAGGAGCAGUGUGCAGGGAGAGGGAGGGCAGGGUGCCCAGGAGGGCCGGUACCUCAAACGCGCUCCUGUGAGAUGAGGCCAGGCUGAAAGUCAGACGCUGUGGUACGCUGGAUUAUUCACUUCUCCCUUCAGAAGACCACGCCUCCCGGUUGGGAUUUCCACACGGAAUGUGUGCAUCUGCUACCUUCUGGUGUAUUCAGGAAGAGCUGAUGAGAAAAUGGCUCAUGAAGGACUGCUUGUGACAGAUGGACAACCUGAGAAUCCCCCAAAACUACAUUUGUUGUAUCGUAACUGGUCUGCAUCGAUUUUCUGUAAUAUACCUUAGAAUUCAUCUUCACUUUAAAGCCCUUAAAUGUCAGUUGCCUAAACCCCAGAAAAGAUUAACCAGGUAUUAUUCAUCAUUCAAAGGUUAAAACCCCACAAUCAAGUGUUAUAGGGCAAAAUAAAAUGGGAGAUGGUAAAAGCACAGUUUAGGAAUAAAGUCUUGUGCUAUUGGCAUCUUGACAGUUACUAUGUUCAGCAAUAAUUAAAUAUAAUCCUUGUUCAAAAAUGCUUUUCAUGAAAAUAUGUCAUAUUUUCAACCCUUUGGGCAGAUUGCAUUUGCUGCAAUGUUAAAAAAUUUGCUUCCUAUUUUGAGUUUGGAAACAGGUUGCAUGGUCACAUGCAGGAAACAGUGUGAGAAGACGUGUGUGUGUGUGUCUGUCCGUCCGGCCGUCCCUCCCCCCCCCACACAGGGCGGCAUAUGGAAGCUGAGGAGUGUUCCAGAUUUCACGUGCGUGUGGGUUGCAGGUUUCAGCAAAAGUGAACUUUUUCGACAUGCUGCAGUUCUUGCAGGUCUAAUGGAUCAGCCGGUGUUUUUAUGAAAAAUGCAAAAUUCAUUCCUAAUUGAAUGUUUUGGCCAGUAGUAGAGUUUCUUCGUGUGCUGCUUUUGGGCUGAACUGGGUCUCAUCUUCUUGAAUCGGAACUAAUUAAAUUAUUCCUCAGAUUCGACCUUA